AUGUCUUCUGACGACGACGAAAGUCCACCUAAACAACUUCUUGAACCACUAACUCAUUUUCAACCUCCACCAUCUUUUUCAUCUUCUACAUCUAUGGCAACAAACGUACCUACACCAGUUAAAAAACCUUAUCAAAUUUCCUUUUCUUCACGUGAAGAUGAAAUAGAAUAUACACGUAAAUUGUUGGAUAACUGUUCAACUUUCAAUGGUGAUCUUGAACAACUCACUACGUGGUUGAAAGAAACCAGUGCCUUCAUUCUCAAGGAAGGAUACCCCGAAACCGAUCAUCCAUUUAUCAUUCGUCAUCUUUUAACUGAUGAUGCUCUUGAUUUUUAUCUAGCUCAUGAAGAUAUAAUUUUCAAUUUUUACGAUCUUCGAAAAUUAUUCUUACAUAAACACCAUGUACUUAUUCCUCUACGUACUGUUUCAACACUUGAUUCUAUUGGCUCCUUGACAUUGAACGAUACACCAUCUGUGCUAACUUCCACUCAACUUCCACCUACUACAACAGUUUCUACACCUGCUACUCAAACAACAUUUUCUUUUACUCAAUCAAUUGAUGAAUUAACACAAAAUGAUAUUCGAAAAACUAUUAUCGAAGAUUUACAACGGAACACUUCAAAAUUUACUAGUGAUAAUCGACAAGAUGUCAUUAAAUGGCUUAAAAAUAUUAAUAAUAAAUUUGAAACAGCUGGUAUUCCAGAUGUUAAAAAGUUCGAUUUUAUAUCACAACUUCUUGAAAAGGGUGCUCUUGAUUGGUUCUAUGAUAACAAAUCUAAACUCAAUCAUUCUUGGUCAGAUUUUGUAGAACACUUUAAACGUACAUUUGAUUCUCCAAAUCGUGCACGUAUUGCAAUGCAAAAACUUCAUUCGUAUACUCAAUCUCCACAACAGGAUAUCCGCAGUUUCUGCAGUGAAAUGCGCAAGCUUUUUCUUGAAGCAGAUCCCGAAAUGAGUUCUACCAUGAAAUUGGAGUUAUUAUUAGCUAAAGUUCAUCCUAGUUAUCGUUUAGCUUUAUUGAAACAGAAACCCAAGGAUCCUGAUGAAUUUGAACUGAUGGCAAAAGAUUUAGAAAAUACUUAUCUCGUUUUGGCUGCUAUUGAACAAAAUAAUCAAUCUACGAAUUCGUUUACACCUGCACCAACCACUACUUCAUUUACUCCAUAUUCUAGUCCGUCUUCCCAACAUCACCAACGCCCAUCUUAUAAUCCUUCUCAACAAUAUGGUUAUCGUUCUUAUAAUCCUUCGCAUUAUUCUUCACAACCUUCUUCAUCUACACCUACCACCCGUUUAUCUACUCCAUCAUCGGCAACAUCUUUACGUCGACCUUUUCAACCUCGAUCUGUACGUGGGACCAACAACCCUCGUUUCAAAACUCCUCGACAAAAUCUUUUUGUUUUUCAACCAUCGACGUCUUCAUCCACAACACUUCAAUCCUCACAAUCCUCAGAAAAUCUGACUCCACUUAUGUCCAUACCUGAUGCGAAUGCAUCUCCCACGUCACUACCUGCUACAUCUUCAUCACCUACACCUACAAUUCGUUGUCAACUUUGUUCUAACGAUGGACAUUCUGCUCGUGCCUGUCCUUUCUGGAACUGGAGUCAGUAG